ACCCGGUCUGCUAGGAAGAAGGGGGGCAGGUGCUGCUGCUGCUGCUGCUGCUAGGGAGAAAGCAGAGCAGCUGCUGUCGCUGCCGCCGAGAGCCGGACACGCCGAGGCUCCGCAGGUGGAACUUGGGGAGCCGCUCUGGUGGAAAGUUAGAACAGAUGUGGAAAGAUGUUCACUUCAGAAAAAGGAGUUGUGGAGGAAUGGUUGUCAGAGUUUAAGACACUACCAGAAACAUCUUUACCAAAUUAUGCCACAAAUUUGAAAGACAAGAACGCUUUGGUUUCAUCUCUCUAUAAAGUUAUCCAGGAGCCACAAAGUGAGUUGCUAGAGCCUGUCUGUCACCAGCUCUUUGAAUUCUACCGCAGCGGAGAGAAACGGUUGCUUCGCUUUACACUGCAGUUUCUCCCAGAAUUGAUUUGGUGCUACCUCGCAGUCUCAGCCAGCAGAAAUGUGCACAGCAGUGGAUGCAUUGAAGCUCUCCUCCUAGGGGUUUACAACUUGGAAAUAGUUGACAAAGAGGGACAUAGCAAAGUAUUGAGUUUUACAAUUCCAUCUUUAUCCAAACCAUCCGUGUAUCAUGAACCUUCCAGCAUUGGCUCCAUGGCUCUGACUGAGAGUGCCCUAUCCCAGCACGGCUUGUCAAGAGUUGUGUACAGUGGCCCUCAUCCUCAGAGGGAGAUGCUCACAGCCCAGAAUAGGUUUGAAGUGUUGACAUUCCUUUUGCUGUGUUACAAUGCUGCUUUAACCUAUAUGCCCAGUGUUUCUCUUCAAUCACUGUGUCAGAUGUGUUCAAGAAUCUGUGUUUGUGGAUAUCCUCGACAACAUAUAAGACAAUACAAAGGUAUAAGUAGCAGGAUACCAGUUUCAUCAGAAUUCAUGGUGCAAAUGUUAACAGGGAUUUAUUUUGCCUUUUAUAAUGGAGAAUGGGAUCUAGCUCAAAAAGCAUUGGAUGAUAUUACAUACAGAGCCCAGCUGGACUUGUAUCCAGAGCCACUGCUGGUUGCAAAUGCAAUAAAGGCUUCAUUGCCCCAUGGUGCCAUGAAAUCUAAUAAGGAGGGUACAAGGUGUAUUCAAGUUGAAAUUACACCAACUUCCUCUAGGAUCUCGAGAAAUGCAGUAACCAGUAUGUCGAUAAGAGGCCAUAGGUGGAAAAGACACGGAAAUACAGAUUUAACCGGUCAAGAAGAAUUGAUGGACAUAUCUGAAGUUGACGAGGGCUUUUGUUCCAGGGCUGCGUCUAGCACCAGCCAGUCAGGUUUAUCAAACAGUAGUCACAAUUCUAGUCACAAGGCAAGUGUAGGCAAGAACCAGAGACGGUCGGGAGGAAGCAGAACUGGAGGAAAAGAGAAAGAAACGACUGGGGAAUCUUGCAAAGAUCACUUUGCUCGAAAACAGACUCAGAGAGCCCAGAGCGAGAACCUUGAGCUUCUCUCCCUGAAGAGACUGACUCUAACGACCAGCCAGUCCCUGCCGAAGCCUAGCAGCCACGGCCUGGCCAAGACCGCCGCCACGGUGUUUAGCAAGUCCUUUGAACAAGUCAGUGGUGCCACAGCCCCGCAUCACCCAUCACCUGCUGCUGGCUCUGCUGGGGCCGGGCCAGAUGCCAACAGGUUCUCUGCCUGUAGUCUCCAAGAAGAAAAGCUGAUUUACAUUUCCGAGAGAACUGACCUUCCCACGAAGCUUCAAUCCAGCCAGCAGAGGCCUCCGAGUAUUAGUGUUACUCUGUCAACAGACUGAGCGCUAGCACGUUCUUCUCGCCAACCAGUGAAUCUGGAAGGCCACUUGGCUUCUGUCGGAAAGCACCCAGGGGCUUUCACCCCUGUUCCUGAGAGCAGCCCGACCGUGCCCUUCAUCCUGAAGGCCACCUUACAUGUACGAAGGGGAAAUGCCUAGGCUUUUCGGUACAUUGAAAUGUGGCUUUGUUGACUCUUGGUUAUGGCGCCACCCCCACCCCCUUGGCUGAGUCUGUUUUUCUUUCUUCUGUUUUUGACUGGUGCCCUGAGAUUGCCAGUGGGCCAAUGAAGUUAGGCAGAUUGUCCGAUCAGGUUGGCUACACUGAAUCUGAGGCGAUGAGGUUUCUGUUUUGUUUUAAUUAUAAAUAUGACUCCUAUUUUGUUUGGUAGCUCUGUGUUUGGCCUUCCGAGUCAAUGGGGUCCCUUUAAUGAAAGGCGAGGCAGGUGAGAGACUCCAGCAUCUCUGCAGCCCCUGGGCGAGCCCGAGCGCAGCCCAGGCCUGUGAGAAACACAGGUUCCGCGACCACCUUUCAGCGCAGAGCAGGUCAUUCUGAGCACUGAAAAGCAGACGCCUAGAUCAUUUGAGGAGAUGGCUGUUACCUGAUGUCAGAAGACAGGUGCAUGAUUUCGCUGUGAUCAUUGAGUUGUUUAAGCUCAAAAGUCAGCUUGCUGGUCCGUGUGUUGUUUAGAUGUGUUCCAGCUGGGUUUAUCAGAUGACAAUCCAUCCCAGUCCUAGAGGCCAUAAAACUGACUUGCCCUGUUCCUCCACUUUGGGAAUCCUAGCUACUUUGGAUUCCUGUAAUUCAGAGCACAUAUCCUUGAAGACUCCUUGGAAAUCAUUGUCAAUCUUACAACACAGCUCUUAAGACACCAGUAUCAACUAUGUAAGACUGAACUGUUGGCCUGAAAAUGAAAGAUGUUAGAUCAUUUUUUUCCAUCUAUGAAAUGUCAUGAAAGGAAAUCAAGAACCGUGAAAUAUGGACAAAGGCCACUUCGAUCACUCAUUUGGGGUUUGUGUUCCUGUUUCUGGUUCUGUGGUGGGCCUAUUUCAAAUGUUCUUACUAUGAUGUGGAAGGAAUAAUACAUUUAAAUUACCUCCCCUCAGCCAAAAAGUGAAACCAAGCUAUGGUUGUAUGAAGCUAGGGAGAGUAUGUCAUAAGCUUGCUGUUUGCUAGUGGUGGCUGUUUCCGCUGUGUUGAGGGUCCCUGUCAACCAAGGCUGUGUAAGAAAGACUCUGGGAGUUGAUGGGAGAAAGCCCGGGUGAGGAUGGCCUGGGGAGCUGUCCACUUCUUUCUGGGCUCUUUUCUGACUAGAACGCAGUGUGGUGCUUCUCCACAGCCCGCGCUGUGUUUUGCUUUUCUACCUGCUAGUGAUGGGCUCCGAGUUAGGGAGCAUUCGGAUGUCUGGAAGCCUUUACACUACGGAUGCGGUGUGGGCCAUGUCUGCUUUGACCACAAGUUUAAAAAGAGCAUGAACUAAUUUUCCUGAGUGCAGUAUGUUUUUUGACACAAGGAUAUUUGAUAUCCUUAAUUCCGGUAUUGGAAUGGCCUAAAUUUUAGCUAAAUAUAUAUAUUUAUAACAAAAAAUAUAUAAAUAUAGCAACCAGCAAAUGAAAAUUGAUAUUGGGUGAGUUUAAUAGGAAUCCUGUGUACAAUUUUACACUUGUAAAAUGUCACUGUGAAUUUCAUGUUGUCUUUUUGUAAUUGUUUAACAAUAAGUUCCCCGCCGCCCCAGGCUGAGUUACUAACAGUAUUGAUACUAUUAAAAACUAACUUCCAAAAAAAAUAAAAAUAAAAACUAACUUCCAAGAUUGUCAUUUUAAACAAGUUGGAUUACUGAGAAAAUAUUUAGAAUAAGUUUGAGUAACAUAUUCUCAGAUGGCACAAAUGAGAGCUCAGCUUUUAAUGUCCAACCACUGCAGUGAGAUUCAUUUGGGUUUUAUAGAGCUUUGCUGACCAGUCAGUAGCAUUGGCAACACUUGGCAGUUUGUUACAAAUGAGAAUCUGCAUUUUAACAAGCUCCCCUGUUGAUUUUAUGCACGGUAGGGUUUGAGAAGCAAAUCACUUGUGGACUAUUUAGAAUAUUUGGUGGUCGCACGACCCUAGAUCAUAGGUAUAUGUUAUUUAGGGACUAGUAACUAGUCUUUGUUGUUUUUGACAUCUAACUGAAUAACAUGGACAUAUGACUUCUUAAGUCUUCUAACUCUGAAUUUUUAACGAGUCUCAUUUAUUUUUGCAAUAAAAAAUGUAACAUUUUAUAUUUUUCUUGUUCUCCAUAAAUGGAGUCAGAUCUGUAGAUGCCUGCAAUUUUAAGUAUGAAAGGCUACCACCCUCUUAUACAACGCACAACCAGUUUGCAUGUGUAUGUAUCUAUUUUUCAGUCUCUGAAAGCUGAUUCAGUGGUGUGGUUUUGAAUUUCCGCUCAAGUAACUUGCACCAGUUGAUUUUCUGGAGUGUGAUCUUAUGUCAACACUGAAAUUAUUUUAUAGAAGCUUUGAGUAUUUCAAAUAAGGAUGAUAUAUUUGAAAAUUUUAUAGUAAUGUCAAAUACUACCUAAUAUUAACUCUGGUAACAAAACUGUUAUCAUUCGUACUGCCCUUUCCUCACCCACCUUCCCAAGUCUGAAGAUGCUGGCAUGACAAUUUGGUGACAGACCUCAUAUGUAUCCUCUUUUAUCAGGAGAGGAUUCCACACUGACCCAUUGCUUAGAGGACCUGAGCAGACACUGCAGCUCUGUUCUACGUUGCAAACGUCUCGGGCUUCUGGAGAUGACCCGUCUUCUCCCAUGGGAACAUCAGGCUGCCCGGGUGGAUCCACACACUAGCCUUUGGGAAUCAAGUAGGGGAGAAACAAAUCAGAAUUUCGUGGGAUUGUGGCCGAGUAGGCCAGGCAGGUGACUCCUCUCUCUGCCCUGUGCUCCAGGAGCACAGGAAGCACCCUGGAGCUCUUGCUCACCACCCUGCAGUGUUUGCAGGCAGCUCUGUGGACUUGACGAGACGAGAGGGGGGACCUCUGGUCUCACAUCAAGACGGAGGGAGGUGUGUUUUAGGGAAGCAGUAUUUUUUGGCCAUUAUCAUUUAUGAAACAAGUACUCAACAAACAUUCCUCAUUUAUUUUAAAAUAGUUGAAUAAAGCGAAAUCUGUUGUUUAAGGCAAAAUAGACCCCAGUUUGAAGGGAUUCUGCCUAUUUCAAAAGAGUGGAAAAUUAGAGUGUUGAAACUAAAAUUUAAAUGGUAUAGAAGAAGUGCGGUCUGAGGCAUCAUGUUAAACAAAUAUUUUGAAUGAAGCAGUCUAACAUUCAAGUUGUUAGGCACAAUAAAUCUAAACUUUAUUAGAGGCCAGCACAUCGAAGGAAAUACAUAUUAAAUGGAACUGCAAAAAAAGGAUCUGAAAAGCAUUCAAGGAGAAAAAUCACUUGAUGGUUACUUAAAUGAAGCUUAUACAUAGAAAUUAAUUUGUAAUAAGACCUUCCCAAUCUGUAGAUGAAAAACAAAAACUAACCCUUUACGAGAGAUUUGUUGUUUAGUAAAAUUACUCACCUGUGUGUUUAAUAUUGGCGUAGCCUUCCUUGAGAGCAUAAAUAUGUUGUCGUCUCUAUUUUGUAACUUGUGCAUGGCUAAAGAGACUCACAGUAACCGUUCUGCAGGAUGCUUGUGUGUGUUUGUCUCCGAGUUCUGGAGCACCUGUGUCGUGGUAGGAAGUUUGUACUGCCUGGCUCAAGCUCUGGGUCACGUGCGGUUGCUUUCUCCACCUGGAGGUGUUUGUGCAUACCUCUCCUUUUUACUUCUAAUCAUGUAGUGAUACUGAUCUCUUUAUGGGAAAUAUACUUGUUUAUAACUGUAUUCUUAGAUUUUACAUUCCUAAACUAUGACUUUGGAUAUUUUUAUGUGUUCCCUACCUUUUCAAGGUUUUGGAAAUAAACUGGAGUUUUGUGGUUGUUUUUUGACAUUUUGUACAUUUGUGUAAAUGUUCUUCACGUGUAAGACUUUAUACAGCUGAGUGUUACCUCUUGUUUUAUUGGAAUAAAAAUUGAACAACGUC